AUGGCGGACCACUUCCUGGAGGCGCGGGGCCAGCCUAAUCUGGCCAAGUUCAGUAAGGAGGCCAAGGAGGCCUUAGAUUCCCUGAAGGAAGAUGUGCAUGGCAGCAAACCCGCUCUAAAGAUCAAAUGUUUCUUGUGUGGUAUGCCAAUCACAGAUGGGAUAUUAAACGGCAAAGCAGUAAAAGUGUUGAGGGACAGCGGGAGUAACACCGUGAUAGUGCGCCGGGAACUGGUCGCAUCUGAAUAUUUUACUGGCAAAGUCAGUCCCGUAUUCUUAGUGGACGGGACGUGUCUGAUGUUGCCAGAGGCAAACAUUCGCCUUGUGUCGCCGUUCCUAACGGGACAGGAACGGGGGGACCUGCGGCUCUCGCAGUGGGGUGACACCGAUGCCAAGGAGCGCUUGAAAAGCAGGUCAACGUGCACUCACGAGCAGUACCUGGAGAGGGAGAAGCUGCUGCAGCAAGUCUUCGACAUGAAGAAGCCGGUGUACCCCAAGCCCCGCAGAGUGCUCUACCCGAGGCCGCGCCUCAAAAAGAGGGACCCUGAGGCCCAAACGGUGGUUUCGCCACUGGGCCCGACCGAUAACUACCCCGUGCCGGAGGUAGAUCCUCACGACAGCGUCCCGACCGAGUUCAUCAAGGGCUACAGCCUGGCAGGAGCCGACCCUUCCGUCUCGCCCGGAGAGCACACCAUAGAGCACGGAAAUGGAAAGGCCAAGAGGAAGUGUCAGGAUGGACGGCAGGAGUUCCUUGAAAGGCAAGUGGACCGGGAGCAAAUGAUCCAGGAAAAAGAACUGCAGCUUGAGGAGCGAAGGCUCAAGCUCGACGAAGAGCGGCUGGCCUUUGAGAGGACCAAGUUUGAAGCAGAGGUGGCGGUCAAGGUCAGAAGGCUAGACAUGGAGGAGGUGGAGCGCAGGAUACGCGACGGCAGAGACAAGAUGCACCUGGAGCUCAUGAAGAUGAUGUUCGACGAACUAGUCCGGAAGGCACAAAUCGAAAACUGCCAGGAAACACUUCUUCGCGUAUGA